AUGCAUUCACAAAAUGCUCCGAGACAACCAUUUACUGUGUAUCGAGGACAGGGAUUAUUCAAUAAGGUUUUUGAGUGGCUAAUGCAACGAAAACAUGGUCUUUUAUCUGCUAAUCAUUUUUUAUCUACAAAUUUUGAUAAAGAUUUAUCUCGAGCUUUUGCUCAAAGUUCCGCAGAUGAUCCAAAUAAAACACGUGUAUUCUUUCAAAUCAGAAUUCGUCCGUCAAUCUUUUCAAUACCAUUUACUUCCGUAGCCGAGAUUGGUCAUUUUGGUGAUAUCGAACAAGAAAUUCUCUUUUCAAUGCACACUGUUUUUCGAAUCACGAAAAUGACACAAAUGUCACACCGAGUUUGGCAAAUCGACCUGAAAUUAACAAAUGACAAUGAUCCGCAACUGACUCAAUUAACUAAUUACCUUCAAAAUGAUCUUGAAGAUGGGACUGGGUGGUACCGAAUGGGUUCAUUGAUGUACAAGAUGUGUCAGUAUCAUCGAGCCGCAGAUAUUUACGAAACAUUACAUUGCUUCAUUUGA